AUGUCGCAGCAAGCCUUGAAACUGAAGGAUCUCGGAAAUGCGGAGUUUAAAAAGGGACAGUUCAAGGAAGCCCUCCGGUUUUACAAAGACUCCAUCUCUAUCAAUGCACAUGAUCCUGUCGUAUACUCCAAUAGUGCUGCUGCGCAUUGGAAAUUAGGUCACUACGAAGAAUCACUAGCUGACUGUGAUCGAGGCUUAGAAUUAAGUCCUGAGCUGAAGAUUAAGGCCAAAUUGUUGCUCCGUAAGGGUACUGCUCUAAGGUCUUUGAGAAGAAAGGCUGAAGCUGAUGAAUGUUUCAGCCAGGGCGAACUGAUACAGAAAGAGUUGGAAACCCACCAAAGCCACAACACCAUAAUCUCGUCGUCAAUCACACCCAAAGAGGGACUAGUUCCAAUACCCAUUGAAAAGGUAGAUGCUCUGCCUGCUGACUUCCUACCACUGCCCGUUCCUAAGGCAAACUCACCAACUUCUCACAAUAACUCAGUACCAUCAUCACGAGCCAACGACAAAGAUGUCACCUCAAAUUUGACGAUACCUAGGGAGAAGCUUCUCAGAUUCAGCACAUUGGCUCAUUUGCCCGUGGAACUCCGACAAAGCGCCAUGAAAGAAAUACUCAAGGUGGUUCCUGAAGUUUUCCAUGAUUAUUACGCCUCGAGGGCUAUCGAAGAGGAGUUCCUCACGUUUUACUUGCAAUCUGUGAUUUUCUAUCUAAAUGAAGGAGCGAAAAAUGUCGAUCUAGACGCUAAUAUACUAGCGAAUCUCAAGGAAUUCUCCAAAUACCCGAGAUUUGGAAUAUCACUGCUCAUGAUUGAUGAAAGCCUCGUGAGGCAUGUUUUCGAAGGUUUGUCUGUUUCGACACAGUCUCGGACAGAAUUAAGCACGACGGCAAAAGUUUGGGGUUUAUAA